CGUCUCUCUCUCUCUCUCUCUCUCGUCUCUGUCUCUGUUCUCUGUCGCUCUUCUUCUUCAACGCCCGACCACCCCCACAAUGCUGCUCCGAUCUUCUCGCUCCUCCUCUGCCUCCGUCUCUGCUCUUCUCUACGGCAAGCGGCGCGGUGACGAUGCUCUCCUCGGCGUCCUCUCCGGGAUCUUGUCAAGUUCAAGAUGUGCCACAUCUGCUAGAAGUUUGCCAGACCAUGUACAUGGAGUUCCAGUCCUUGCCAGACCAUAUACAUCUGGGGUGCCGUUGCCGAAAGAAGAAUCAACAGAUGCGACCAACAGUCAAGGAUUUAAGGGCCAUGAUAUGCUGGCGCCUUUUACAGCGGGAUGGCAGAGCACUGAUCUACAUCCAUUGGUGAUAGAAAAGUCCGAGGGUUCCUAUGUUUACGACAUAAAUGGAAAGAAGUAUCUUGAUUCUCUUGCAGGUCUUUGGUGCACUGCUUUAGGGGGCAAUGAACCACGACUUAUUGAUGCUGCUGUCAAACAACUGAAUACCUUGCCGUUUUAUCAUUCCUUCUGGAACCGUACAACCAAACCGUCUCUGGAUCUUGCUAAGGAACUUCUAGAUACUUUCACGGCAACAAAAAUGGCAAAGGCCUUCUUCACCAAUAGUGGAUCAGAAGCCAAUGACACUCAGGUGAAGCUGGUCUGGUACUAUAAUAAUGCUCUUGGAAGACCUGAGAAAAAGAAGUUCAUAGCCCGAGCAAAUUCGUAUCAUGGCUCAACUCUCAUCUCAGCCAGUCUCUCUGGCCUUCCUCCUUUGCAUCAAAAAUUUGAUUUACCAGCCCCAUUUGUGCUGCACACAGACUGCCCUCAUUACUGGCGUUAUCAUCUUCCAGGUGAGACGGAGGAGGAGUUCUCUACUAGGUUGGCUAAAAAUCUGGAGAAUCUUAUCCUCAAGGAGGGACCUGAAACGAUUGCUGCUUUCAUUGCGGAGCCUGUGAUGGGCGCUGGAGGUGUUAUUCCUCCUCCAGCAACUUACUUUGAGAAGAUUCAAGCUGUCAUGAAGAAGUAUGAUAUCCUUUUUAUUGCCGAUGAGGUUAUCUGUGCAUUUGGACGUCUGGGCACGAUGUUCGGCUGUGACAAGUACAACAUUAAGCCAGAUCUUGUAUCUCUUGCCAAGGCACUUUCUUCUGCCUAUAUGCCCAUAGGGGCUGUUCUUGUGAGCCCUAAAGUAGCAGAUGUUAUAUAUUCUCAGAGUAACAAACUUGGAACUUUCUCUCAUGGAUUUACCUAUUCUGGGCACCCUGUUUCCUGUGCUGUUGCAUUAGAAGCUAUCAAAAUAUACAGGGAAAGAAAUAUUCUUGACCAAGUAAAUAGCAUCGCCCCGAAAUUUCAAGAAGGGCUGAAAGCCUAUUCUGACAGUCCAAUAAUUGGGGAGAUCCGAGGAACAGGCUUGAUUCUUGGUACAGAGUUUACGGACAACAAAUCGCCCAACGAUCCAUUUCCUCCUGAAUGGGGAAUAGGAGCGUAUUUUGGAGCUCAGUGUGAGAAACAUGGGAUGUUAGUACGUGUGGCCGGGGACAAGAUUAUGAUGUCUCCACCUUUCAUAAUGACCCACGAAGAUAUCGAUGAGUUGAUAAGCAUCUAUGGGAAGGCGCUGAAGGCGACAGAGGAGAGGGUGAAGGAACUGAAGUCUAAAGCCAAGUGAAUGAAGAAAAUGAUGCGGACAAUGUCAAAAAAAAAAAAAUAUGCUGGCCUCGUUGAAAUUGUGGUGCGGUGUAGUUGAUGUAAAUAGAUGCUGCUUUGCUUAUUUGGUGAAUUUCGGGGACUUCUUUGAGAUCGAUGGCCUCUCAAUGUCUGGUGCUUCGGUCUAAAUAAAAAUGUGAAUGGAAGAGUUGGAGGAGAAUGGAAGGGUAGAGUGAGGGAGGGAGGGACUGUACUUUGUAAGUUUUAUUUUAAGUUUAAGUAAAUAAAUUAAUCUAUCAGCAGAUUCUCUAA